CCAAAAGUGAAUUGCCAGUGAUGUUCAUUCACUUCAGUGAAGCUUGGAUCCUGUGAUUGUCAAAGGAACGCUGCGAGAAGGAAUGAGUGGGUUAUGCCACGGAGCUUCAACUUUCUCAAUUUUGAGGCUUAUCUUAGGGAUAAUUUUCCUUCAGGCACUGGCACCUGUAUUUGGACCACCUGGGUUUCGGUUCGGUACCGUCACGGUACUUCUUGGAGGACUUUUCUGGACUUCAAGGGCGAUUGUCCCCCACAUAUUCAACCACCGCAGUGUUGCCGAAUCUCCAAGAAAAUUAUUUAUUUAUUCACUCGGUCUUGAGGGCAACUGUCCCUCAGAUAUAAAGAACUGCCUUCGGUUUACCCAAUUCUCCAGUCAUCGUAAUACUUUGGCUUCCGAGUCUGACAAUGGCAACGGCAAAUCCGUUCCGGUGCGGGACGGGCCGACCCUCUAACGCAAUUAUUCCAGUUGGCCCAAAACUCAUCUCGCCGACCACAGAGGCACGAGGGGUUGACUCGCGUCGCUGACAGACG